UCGUUCCCACAAUACCUGGAGGUGUUGAAAAUUAAAGAUGGCGCCUCUACCGAAAGAAGGGGAGAAGGCCACUGAAGAUAAUAUCAGUCAACAAAAACAAAUGGAUGAAUUCUUCGAGUGGGCUGCAGCACGUGAACCCGAAACUAUGACAGGGAAAUUGAAGAGGAAAGUGAAAGAGAAUCCCCUAGUUCCCGUAGGUGCUGUUUGUACACUUGGUGCUCUUGCAUAUGGUCUCUUUUCAUUUGUUCGCGGUGAUCAGAAAAUGCAGCAGUACAUGAUGAGAACCCGUGUUGCUGCCCAAGGAGGAACACUAGUAGCUGUUGUUGCUGGAGUUUUUUACAUGCUUUACCAAGAACGACAAGCUAAAGGUGGUAAAACAUGAAAAUGGUGCACUGUGACAUGUAAGAGAGGGCAACGCUACAAGUGCAUUUGUGCACAGCACAAUUUGCACAAUGAACAGUAAUUCUAAUAAGAGUGCUUUGCAAGUUUUUUUGUUUCAAAUAAAUGGUGACAUGACUUGUGCAAAGUAAACUGUGGUUGUGAUGAAUUUCGCCAGUUUGUGAAGAUCAACUGAGGACUGAAGCCAUUAGUAUUAAAUGAAUUCCCAGAUCACCUUUCAGUAGUAGUUUGGGAAAUUUACCUUAACAAGUUACAGAGCAAGAGGAUUAAUACAGAGUUUUUCACUAAAGAGGCUAUCCUCUCCCUCUUUUUGUUCCUUUAUCUGAAUAAGCUUAGAAUUACAUAUCGGAGAUGGGUUUGUUGGCUGUUGUUAGCUGGUGUACAAAGCUUCUAUAAGGCAAUUUGUUGUUAAGGGAAAAAGUGGCAGCUUUUUUGCCUAUAACAAAUUUUCGACCAAAAUGAUGUUACUUUCUCACCCAUAAGCUGUUACUGUGAGGUCUUGUGUAAGAAAAAUUUGUUAAUACAAAUCUCCAAACUGAGCCAUCUUGACUGUCAACACAAAGUAAAUAUUUCAAUGAUUUGAAAAAUAAAGCUUAAAAUUUACUUUA